GCCUGGGCUGAGAGCCUCGGGACAGGCCGAGUCGGCGGGUCCUGGGAGCCGCGGGUCCGGGUUGCCAGCGGACCCACUUCACUUUCUGGGGGCUGGGGUCCGCGUGGACACGCCGGGUCCGGAGCCGCCGAGUUGUUGGGGUUGAGCUGCGAAUAGCUUGGGCUCUGUGAGUAGCCCACGUGCUCGGCCGGUGUACUCAGGUACCCGGACUGAGCGCACGGAAAGUUUGGAGGCUGGACGGGGAGGGUGUUGCCCGGCUUCGCUCCUGCGCGCUGUGGCUGUCAGUAGGAGCUCGGACGCCACGCGGGCUGCGCCUCCCGGGUUUAUUUCCUUACUGCUUUGUUCUGAAGACAAAAUAAUGCCAAAGAAAGCAAAGCCUGCAGGGAAUGGGAAGGAAGAGGGGCCUGUUCCAUGUAAGCAGGUGAAAGUGGAGGCUGCUGGUGUGCCUUCCGCUUUAAAUUUCGACAGCCCCAGUGCUCUCUUUGAAAGUUUAAUCUCACCCAUCAAGACAGAGACUUUUUUUAAGGAAUUCUGGGAGCAGAAGCCCCUUCUCAUUCAGAGAGAUGACCCUGCACUGGGCAUGUAUUACCAGUCCCUGUUCAGGUUAACAGAUCUGAAGAGCCUGUGCAGCCUGGGUCUGUACUAUGGAAGAGAUGUUAAUGUCUGUCGGUGUGUCAGUGGAAAGAAGAAGGUUUUAAAUAAAGAUGGCAAAGCUCACUUUCUUCAGCUGAGAAAAGAUUUUGAUCAGAAAAGGGCAACAAUUCAGUUUCACCAACCUCAGAGGUUUAAGGAUGAGCUUUGGAGGAUCCAGGAGAAGCUGGAAUGUUACUUUGGCUCCUUGGUUGGCUCUAAUGUGUACAUCACUCCCCCAGGAGCCCAGGGCCUACCCCCCCACUAUGAUGAUGUUGAGGUGUUCAUCCUGCAGCUGGAGGGACAGAAACAUUGGCGCCUCUACCACCCCACCGUACCCCUGGCACGGGAGUACAGCGUGGAGGCUGAGGACAGGAUUGGGCAGCCCACACAUGAGUUCACGUUGAAGCCAGGUGAUUUGCUGUACUUUCCCCGAGGGACCAUUCAUCAAGCGGAUACACCUCCACGGCUGGCCCACUCUACUCAUGUGACCAUCAGCACCUACCAGAACAAUUCAUGGGGAGAUUUCCUUUUGGAUACCAUUUCUGGGCUUGUGUUUGAUGCUGCAAAGGAAGAUGUCAAGUUACGGGCUGGCAUACCCCGGCAACUACUCUUGCAGGUGGAAACCACAACUGUUGCAACAAGAUUAAGUGGCUAUCUGAGGAUGCUUGCAGACCGAUUGGAGGGCACCAAAGAACUGCUUUCAUCAGACAUGAAGAAGGAUUUUGUUAUGAGCAGACUGCCACCUUACUAUGUUGGGGAUGGAGCAGAGCUCUUAAUGCCAGGUGGAAAGUUACCAAGGUUGGACAGCGUAGUGGGAUUGCAGUUUAAAGACCACAUUGUCCUCACAGUAGGACCAGAUCAGGAUCGAUCUGAUGAAACUCAAGAAAAGAUGGUUUAUAUCUACCAUUCCUUAAAGAACAGGAGAGAGACACACAUGAUGGGAAAUGAGGAGGAAACAGAGCCUCAUGGACUUCGCUUUCCUUUAUCACAUAUGGAUGCACUGAAGCAAAUUUGGAACAGUUCAGCUAUUUCUGUCAAGGACCUGAAACUUAAUACAGAUGAGGAAAAGGAGAGUCUGGUAUUAUCUCUCUGGACAGAAUGCUUAAUCCAAGUAGUCUAGUGCCUUUGCAGAAUAAAGUUCUAUUUUACAUGUACAUAUCUUUAAAAGAAAAAGCAAAGAGCCAUGAGCCAAAGAGAAGAUGAAUGCAACUUUCCUUACUUGUGUAUCUAAUAACAUGAGGCUUACCGUUACAGAUAGUCAAAUGGCCAUAGGUACUUACAGAAAGACAUGGAACAGCAGAUUACUAAGUGUCCCAGAAAGUGACAAAAACAUAUUUUUGGCAAGUUUAUUUUAUUUAAUCCAGUGUGGUAGAAAAAGCACAACUCCAAUAUAUGUAUCAUUUAAAUUUAAAUGUCAUUACUUGGCUUUGUUCUUUGGAAGAAACAACUUUUUUUAAGAGCCUGAUUGGCUCUAGCAAAUUUUUAAACAAUUAACAUGAAAAAAAAAUUCAGCUUGGAUUUUUACAAUGAAAAUAUACAUAUCUUUAUGUAUGCACAAGCCCCCACCCAUACCCCCAUCCCAUUAAAGUUACUCCUGUAACAAGUUUCAUUAAAUAAUACUGCCACACCAGAGAGGCACUCACAUCUAUGGGCCUAAGGGAGUUUUACAGAUGCUGCUUGAAAGAUAUCGAGAAGAGCCUGAGAUUGAAGGGGGGAUACCUAAUAGUAUUUACAUCAAAAGCCCAGGUUUCUAUAAAAAUACUCAAAGUAGUGGGUCUGUGUCUGAGAUUAAACUAUUUACUGUUAUUUUACAUUCUAAAGUGCAUAUACAUUGAUAUUUUAAAAAUAUCACUGGAUAAUUUAAUCUUUAUAAAAAUAGAACAGACAUUUUUCUACUGUCUGGCAAAAGUUGGGGAUGAAGGGAACAGUUGCCUCAAUGUAAGUUUAAAUCCAACUCAGGAGGGAAAAAUGCUUGUGAAUUGUAUAAAGGUGGUAAUGAUUACUUAAAACUAAGUUAAAGAUGAUUUCCUACCUGAUUUUGCUUUAGUAAAAGCUAUUUUAAAAGGGAGUGGAAAAACUAUAGCAUUUUCUGUCAUUUAGUAGAGAAAUCAGCUCCACCUUUACUUGAAAAGUAAAUUGGUAAGGUCAGGUUUCAAAUACUUUGUUUUUAUUUGAACAUUUGAAAUUCACUUUUCUUCAGGUACACAAAGGAAAAAAGAAAAAUUUGACUAUUCCUAUGUUUAGGUGAUACGGUCUUUAUUAACACUUCUCCUUGAGGGCAGAUCAUGCAAAAUCUAGGGUGAGGUGUCUGCACCGGGAUGUGUAAACAUUGGUUAGUAUCUUGUCCCCACCGAGGGAAGUCUUUGUUAAUUCAGAACAAGGUUGGCCACAGAAAAUACUCCAAAUUGUGCCUUUUUACUAAAAAAAGCUGAGUCCCUCCCUGGGGUCAGUUACAAGUAUAGAUACUUAUAACGCUUCAGUUAUAAAUGCCUCAAUGGAGAACCUUUAAAAAGUUUAUGUAAUACAGCAGCUCAACAGGAAGGUUCAUUAAAUAAGUUUUCAUAUGCUGUUAAAAAUUUUUAAUCUCUUUGCAAAAGUAUGACAACCUAUAGGUAUCCUGUGCCUGACACUCAUACAGCAUCUACUAGGAUAUGAGUAACUAAUACAGGGUGACAGUGUCACCAGUGUCCUAUAAAGACUAACAGAAAUAGGAUUCACGUUUGGUGGAUGGAAGAGAAAGUACAUACUUUAAGAAACUUUCUUACCAAAACUGGAGAUCAAUCAGGAAUAGAACCUUUCCCAGAAAUUCAAAGUGUCUUUAUAUAAUAUAUUCUUCAUAGGAACAAUGAAUAGCUGGCAGGACUGUUUUUGGAUUUUUCAUGGUUAAAAGCUGUAGUCUUGAAGCUUGAGAAAAAAGUUCAUUCUGCUCCAUGAUCCAGGAGUCUGAAGGAACGGGCUUAUUUUUCACAUGUGCAAAACAAAUGAGGGAUGUCUGGUUCCUUAUUUUUGCUCUUUCUAGGGAUGUUGUUUCUCUCACAAUAUUUCAAUGACCCAUUUCUGUGUUUCUUCUCCCUCCAGGGGUUGAUUUACAAUUACAUGAGUUUUGUCAUAAUAAUUUCCUCCUAAAAUAGAAGUUCCAAAGGAAAAGAUUAUUUUUUCAUGCAGGUGCUCAGGAAUUUCACAAGCAGCUUUCAUUCAGCCCACUGUUUGGGUAUAUUUAGUGUAUCAUUUACAAAGCAGUCUGAAAUUGGAAACUGAAUUUAAACAGGUUUAGCCACUAUUCACCUCAAAUUUGACCUUACUAUGACUAAAUUGAAAACCUAAAAGACAUAAUACAUGGUUGCAUAAGCAGUGUGCUUUAACAAUGAGAUUCUUGAGAACAAAAUGCUAAGAGACAGCUCUGGUUGAAUGUCAAGUACUGUGUUUUUGUUUCUACAAGGACCGUGGCUAUAUGACUAACCCAAUGAAAACAACAGCUAUGAAUAAUAUUGGCCCGACCUUGCUGAAUUAAAAAAACAAGGUUAAAUGGUACCUGCCGUUAAGUCUUAACUGAGGGCUUUUAAGGACCAUGGCAAUUCACAACAAAAAGUUUGAGAGAUGUCUUUGAAAGAAACAUGGCAUUCAUUUUAUGGUUUACGAUGCUUCCAUUUAGAGUCAUUCUUAGAGUUCAUGUAGCAGAUGAAAAUUUUACAAUUAUCCAGUAAAUAAAAACCUUCUUAGAUUUUUUCUUUAGGCUCUUUCUGCUUGAUCCAUAUCCUUACUUGUUUUAUGUCCUAAAACUGCAAAUCUUAACUUUUUGUAGGCACAAUUAAAAAUGGCUUAGCAUUUCUCCUAUAUGUAAGGAUUUCCUUUAACCAGUAAAAGGAGGUGUGGAACUUAAAAACCAUUGAGUAUCAUCAAAGGCCUACCUUUAACGUCAAGAACAAGUUGAUCACUGAGAUAAGAGCUGAUGGUUCCAUUUUUGUUCAGUCUCCAUUUCUGCCUAAAUUGCCCAUGUUCAGUCCAUAGGGCUACUUUAGCUCCAGGUGUGUCCCGGCCACCAAUCACAUCAAGACAUGUAUCACUGGCCUAAAAGGGUUAAGAAAUAAACUGGCAGUACUGUUGUUUGCUAAAGUAAAUUGACUUGGGUCCCUUUCUUGCAGGUGAACAAAUCAGACAUUAAGUGACUGUAUCUUAUCUAAAAAGAAUACUGGUAUGGCAUAAGUGUAAUUUCAUUAACCUUAUUUUUUUUUAAAGUCUUUUUUAUGGCUGGAGGAAGGAGAUGGUACAGAAAUAAACCCACUGAAAUAGAGGCACUUGUUUUUAUAAGGACAUCUGUGGAUGUUCAGUAAAGGUUUGCUGAAUUAGAAUUAUACGUGAACUCCCUGUUAGCUUAAAAUGUAUUAUGUUGAGCUUGGUUUUCUUACAGAAACAUCGGGUGAUGUCCUGAUGAUACCUAGACAAUAAUUACUUUUAAAUGCUUUUCAUUUUUGUUGAAGCAGGAGAAAAAUUAGAUAAUCCAUUAGCGAUACAAUAAAAAAAGAUUGUAAUGUCUUUAAACUAGUGUUCUGAUUCCCCAUAACAUCAAAUAGAAUGGAGGGGACACAGAAAAACCAAGUAAUCUAAAUUUUACCUUCUGAGCUUUUUCCAAUAACAGCAUCUUUCUCCUACUCCUACUCCAUUGUAAUAGUAGCUUCAUUUUGAAAAUAAAAGGAUCAACAUUUUCAGAAUCUCAAAGACAGCUGAUGUUAUCUGGGCUGUCAAGUAAGAAACGUCUCACAAAAGCACAUUGUCUAAUUCAGUUCCAGUGAUUUAUAUCCUUAGUUUUAAAAAAUAAUUUAGGUAUAUCCAUAGUAUAUGAUAACCAUAGGUUUUACUUAAAAAUCAAAACUAGAUUUUCUAGGUCAAAACAUUCCCCAAGGCCAUUUCACUUAAGUACUUUAGUAAUACAUACUUAUCAGUAUAUGAACAUGCAAUGAACCAUUUCUAGGAAUUUGCAUUACUUUAGGAAGCCAAUUGGUUUAGCAAGAUUCUAAUUUCCAAAAGAACAGACCAAAUACCAAAAGACAGGAGCACCGUAUUUAUGGGAUUGUUUACCCUGGAUUUAAAGAGUCCUCGGCAGUAGUGCCAGAUCUGAGUAUUCUUUCCACUGUAAGGAGAAAUACACACAGAUGUGGUCCUUGUGUCAGCUAGGUUUCCAGUGACUGUCAGAUAUUCAUCCUGUGCUUUGUUCUUUAUUCUGAUAUAUACUGCAGGCUGUAACAGGAAAAACAGAGCCACUUAAAAAUAAUCUUGUGAAUCUGGAAAGUUACCUCCCAAAAAGUAAAGCUUGGAGGGAAAGUAAGAAGUGACUAGUUGGGCUUGUUUGUCUGUUUCAUUUAGCAUAAAUCAUUAUUUUCUAUUUACAAGUCCCUAGGCUAUCCAGCAUAGAGCUUAAAUUGUACAUAUUAUACGUUUCUGAAGAGACCCUUUUAGAAGCGCACAGGUAAUACUUUCAUUCAUUAGAACUCUGUGUGUGGCAAGGAGUAGUGACUUGAUGAAUUUCAUUCAGUAACUAAGGUGUCCUUGCUAUGCUAGAGGAGGUAACAGUGGGAAUUUACAGCAAUUUAGGAAAGAUAAGUACAAUAAAUCAGACAGACUACACUGUCUUACGUUACAAUUAAUUGCCAAAUGACUGUUGGUCAAAUGAGUGCCUGGGAGCUGUAGUGAUUUCUUUGUUUAUGUAAGAACUUUAUACUUCUUCAAAGGAAGAGACCACACGUUCAAUCACUAAGUAUUUGAAAAUUGGGUAACAAAGGACUUGAUCCCUGUGCCUGGAAUGUAAUAAAAUAUUAAAUCUGGAUCUUACCUCUAA